GUUUCGUGAAUGUGUGUUGCAAUUGUGUCCAUGCGCCACUGGGCGAGUCCUACCCGCCUUUCUAUCUCCCUUUUCUCUCGGAACAGAAGGAGGGGAAAUCUGGAUUCGGAAGAAGGGCCGCCAUUAUUGGGAAGCUGAAAAAACACACACUUACACAUACACACAUACAUACGCAGUCUUAUGUCAAACGCGCGUAUCUGAAAACAAAAUAUUGUGAGGUUGCAUCAUUCAGCGACGAAAUAGUGCGCCGCGAACUGCAGCAAAUGCCGUGAAUAUACAUGAGCAACUCAGCAUAUUAUGGGUAUAACAAAGGGAAUAAUAAUUGGCCAAAAAACAACGUGGUGAGUCCCGAGGAAGACACAGUGAAACAAGCUUGUGUUUUUUAACGCCCUUUUUUCUUACAAGAAGACAGAUUUCCUCUGAGCGAGGCAUCGAGAUUCUGAAGAUUUUUUUUCUUGGGCUGCUUUGCUUUGUCAGAAGAAGAAAAAAAAGAUCGAAAAACAGAAUAUGGUACUAAAAACUUCGUACUUAUAAUAAUGGAGACUUGAAGAAAAAGAAUCUGUCAACCGACCGAAAAAGGGAAAUAUAGAAAUCUCUGCGCCUGUUGGAGGUGUAUUUUUUUUUUUCUUGUUCUCUUUAUUAAUUUAUUUUUCGAGCCGGUUGGGGCUGCUGCCUGCGCGAACCCGAGAGAAACGAGAAGGGCAGAGAGGCGAGGAAUGCUGUGGCUGGAAGACUGUGAAACCUGCUUCCACUUAUUCUGCAUUACAACAAAACUGAGGAGCACAGAUGGAUCAGGCUAAUUACUGCCUAUCCAUCUAAAUCUUACGCUGACUCCCCAUCCCCUUCUCUCCUCCUUCCAUCCUUCUUUCUACCAUCCUUUUUUCUUCCCUACCCUUACCCAGCCCUUACCCGAUUUUCAUCUGAAGUAUCCACGAAGCAAAGAAGACUGAAUUUCUCGUGGAUAAAGAACCCAAACACAGAUGAGAACCCAGUUUCAGUAAUUUCCUUCCAAUAGUUGAUAACAGUUGCAUGGAAAAGCACCCUGUCCGUCUCCCUCACCGAGCAUCUGGGCCUUGCAGGAUGAGUGUCUGCAUGCGAUGAUGAUGGCAAAAAAACAAGAUGCCCGGGCACUUAUCUACAACUUGGUUGUGGUUGGUUUGUCCGGGACAGAGAAGGAAAAGGGACAAUGUGGAGUGGGCAAGUCCUGCUUGUGCAAUAGGUUCGUCCGCCCUAGUGCCGAUGACUUCUACCUGGACCACACGUCUGUGCUGAGCACCAGCGACUUUGGUGGCCGGGUGGUGAACAAUGAUCAUUUCCUGUUCUGGGGGGAAGUUACCCGAGCACUCGAGGAAGGGCCAGAGUGCCGCUUGCGUGUCGUGGAGCAGACUGAGUUCAUAGAUGACCAGACCUUCCAGCCGCACCGCAGCACAGCCCUGCAGCCGUACAUCAAGAGGGCAGCCUCUGCUAAGUUGGCCUCUGCAGAGAAGCUCAUGUACUUCUGCACAGAUCCUGGUCUGGAACAGGACUUUGAGCAGAAGCAGAUGCCCGAGGGCAAGCUCAUGGUGGAUGGUUUCUACUAUGCGGUGGAUGUAAGCAGGGGCAUGAACCGUAACUUCGACGACCAGAUGAAGUUUGUCACCAAUCUCUAUAAUCAGCUGGCCAAGACCAAGCCAGUGGUGCUGGUUCUCACCAAGUGCGACGAGGGUGUGGAACGUUACAAGGACUCGCACACGUUUGCUAUGACUAAGAAGAACCUGCAAGUGGUAGAGACUUCUGCUCGUUCUAAUGUCAAUGUAGACCUUGCGUUUCUCACAUUAGCACAGCUGAUUGACAAGAGUCGGGGCAAACCUAAAAUCAUCCCUUAUUUUGAGGCCCUCAAGCAGCAAAGUCAGCAGAUCGCUUCAGCAAAGGAUCGCUAUGAGUGGCUGGUCAGCCGCCUUGUAAAGGACUACAAAGAGACCUGGAUUAACAAUAGCUGCCGCAUGCAGUCAUCUUCUGAGUAUAGGGAUUAUGUCUUCCUGGAGGGCACAGUCAAGGCCAAAAAGCUAUUCCAGCAACACGUGCACCGACUCAAGCAGGAGCAUAUAGAGAAACGGCGCAAGAUGUAUCUAAGCACCCUACCACAGGCCCUUAUGUCGCUUGUCCCCGACCUCGAUGAAAUUGACCUUUUGAUGGUCAGGGGUGCAGAAGUCCUUGAGACUAAACGGGAGUUUAGUCAGUGGUUUGUGGUUUUGGAGGACACUCCCUGGGAUGCCAACCAUAUUGACAACAUGGCAGAUGAUCGGAUUCCACAGGACCUCCUUGAGACGCCGGAAGCGGAAGCCAUCUUUGAAGAGCACCUGGAGCACCUGCGCAAUGAGCGCAAGCGGGCUGAGAUGCGAUGGGAGUUUAAGGAGAAACUUAAAUCUUCACCUUUUGUCACAGCAGGGAAACCUUGGGAGGAGGCGCGUAGCUUCAUUAUGAAUGAAGACUUCUACCAGUGGCUAGAAGAGCCAGAAUACCUAGACAUUUACAACAGGCAUCAGAAGGAGAUCAUUGACCAUGCCAAGGAGGACUUUCAGGAACUCCUGCUUGAAUACUCAGAGCUUUUCUAGAGCUGGAGGUGGAUGCCCAACCCAGCAAAGGAAAAAAUGGGUGCAAUUCAGGAGGUGUUAGGGGAAGAGCAGAGAUUUAAAGCUCUUCAAAAACUCCAAGCUGAAAGGGAUGCCCUGGUGCUCAAACAUAUCCACUUUGUUUAUCACCCCACUAAAGACACCUGCCCUAGCAGCCCACAUUGUGUGGACAGCAGGAUUGAACAGAUCCUGGCCACUCGGUUUCCAACUCGUUACCCCUUUUUUGACGGCAACCAGAAGUCCCAUUUUGGUGACAGUAAAGCUGACAGGAUCAAUUUAGUCAUCCUGGGAAAAGACGGUCUUGCUCGGGAAUUAGCUAAUGAGAUUCGGGCAUUGUGCACAAAUGACGACCGGUACGUUUUGGAUGGAAAAAUGUACGAGCUAGCACUGCGACCCAUUGAGGGCAACGUUCGAUUGCCAGUAAAUUCCUUCCACACCCCUACCUUUUCCCCACAUGGCUGCCUUUGUCUCUAUAACUCAAAGGAGUCUCUUUCAUAUGUUGUAGAGAGCAUUGAGAAGGUUCGGGAGUCUACUCUGGGUCGUAGAGACAACCAUCUGGCUCAGCUUCCUAUGUCACUCCUUUUAAUUACUAAACGGGGAGUGGGAUCUGUGGGGGGACAUUGGGGGGGAGACGACACACAGCUGAUUGCACAGGGGCAACAAGUAGCCAGCAAACUGCAGUGUGUUUAUUUAGAACCUGCUGCUUCUGGCAUAAGCUACGGGCGCAAUGUAAACGAGAAGCAAAUCAACCAGGUUCUGAGCCUGCUUGAAUCACGGAGGAGUAUAAGUCUAGGUAGCAGCUCGCCACCCCUGCCGCUUCCACCCCUGGGUUUCAGAGAUUCACACCAUCAACACAACUCGGAGGGGGACAUUCGGAUUGUUAUGUGCCUGAUGUGCGGCGACGCCUAUGACGUGGACCAGCUCCUUGCACCAUUCCUGUUGCCACAACAUUGUCGGCCCAUGUCCAGCCUGAGCAGUGGCACAUCAGUGCUUCUGGACCUGAUGAUUGGUGGCCAGAGGCAGAACAUUGAAUUCUCCAUUCUUUCCUAUCACUCGUCCUUUUCCUUACGUAAGACCAGGCUGGUCCAUGGCUACAUUGCAGUCUAUUCGGUCAGCCGUAAGGCCUCCUUGGAGACACUGUGCGCUUUCUUGUGUGAGGUCCAGGACAUCAUCCCAGUGCAGCUGCUAGCAGUGGGGGAGAGUCAGGCAGAACUGACAGACUGUGAGGCUGCCCAGGAGCAGAUCUUUCAGGGACAGGACCUGGCGCAUGAGAUAGAGGCCCGCUUUAACAGCAUAGUGUGUGGGCCUAGUGGAGUGGUUGGUGGACUGCAUCGGAUAGACCUCUUCCAGCAGUUCUUCAAGGAAGUCGUAGAUAAGCGGAACAUUGUGGAGGCCACACAUAUGUAUGAUAAUGUCGCCGAGGCUUGCAGUACCAAUGAAAGCAUCCAUUCACCACGCUGUGGUUCCCCAAGUCCCGUUACAGCUUUGGUAGACUCAGAGGACGAUGUAGAGCCUUCACCUCCAUACCACACCCUUAGGGAUGAUGGCACUCUUGCCCCUCAUGGUUUCAAGCUGUCCGACUUGGACACAAGCGACACCCUGUCUGUCAUCUCUGAUAUUAGCUCCUUUGAGAACAAGCUAAACAACAAAGUGCCACCCUCAACGCGGACCAAACCUUCUCUCCGCAAAGUUAGCCUGGGUCCUUACGUGGACCCUGGGACCAACAGGCGCUCACUACCUCCUUCCGUUACAUGGGCACACGGAGGGGAUGGUGGCUAUGACCCCUCAGAUUAUGCCGAGCCCAUGGACGCAGUCGCUAAGCCCCGGCCCACUGAAGAAGAGAACAUCUACUCCGUGCCCCACGACAGCACACAGGGUAAGAUCAUCACUAUACGGAAUGCCAACAAAGCGCACUCCAACGGUGGAGGCAACGGUUCGGAUAGCGAGGCGGACAGCAGCUCUCUGGAACGCCGCCGCAAGCUCUCUUCCUUGGGAGUCAAGCCGCGGCUGUAUCGCGACCGAUCCAAGCGCCUGGGCAAGUUCAGCACGUUCCGUGCCAGCUUUUCCAUCUGCAGCGACGACGAGCUCGGAGGCCCUCCAAAGGCCAAAGAGGACGAAGUGGGGGCCCUGAAAGGAGACAAUUCUCUUGCUGAUGAAGGGGAGGACCCUAAACGGAGGAACAUCUUAAGGAGCCUCCGCAGGCCUGGCAAGCAGAAAAGGAUGAAGUCCCGGCCGUCCAUCUCCAAGCCGAUGGAGAGCAACUAUUUCGGGGUGCCGCUGGUCAGUGUGGUGUCGCCGGAGAGACCCAUCCCCGUCUUCAUUGAGAAGUGCAUCCGGUACAUCGAGGCCACUGGGCUGAGCACAGAGGGCAUCUAUCGAGUCAGCGGGAACAAGGCAGAGAUGGAGAGCAUGCAGAGGCAGUUUGACCAGGACCACAACCUGGAUCUGGUAGAGAAGGACUUCACUGUGAACACGGUGGCCGGGGCCAUGAAGAGCUUCUUCUCGGAGCUGCCCGAGCCACUAGUGCCAUACAGCAUGCAGACUGAGCUGGUGGAAGCUCACAAAAUCAACGACCGGGAACAAAGACUGCACACCAUGAAGGACAUACUGCGUAGGUUCCCCCGCGAGAACUACGAGGUCUUCAAGUACGUCAUCACCCACCUGAACAAGGUGAGCCAGAACAACCGGUUGAACCUGAUGACCAGCGAGAACCUCUCCAUCUGCUUCUGGCCCACGCUCAUGCGGCCUGACUUCACCACCAUGGACGCGCUGACGGCCACACGCACCUACCAGACAAUCAUCGAGAGCUUCAUCCACCAGUGCGGCUUCUUCUUCUACGGCCAGCCACUGGUGGAGACGCCCAGCGGUCUGCCAGGGCUGCCCGCCUCCCCCACUGCCACCCUCGUCUCCUCCGGGGGCGCUACCUACCCCUGCCAGUCCACGCCCCCUCUGGCCACACCCUUCACCCCCCAGUCACAGCCGUCCCCCUCCCAUUCCCCUCCCCCUACUCCGCAGUCCCCUCUGCAGUCCCUGCUGCCCCUGCACCCCCACCACACUGCGGCCGAGCAACAGACUCUGUGAGAAUGAGAGAGAGAGCGAGAGAAAAGGAUAAGCAGCAGGAACAUGAGAGGGAGCCCCCCCCCUUUUUUUCCCCUCUCGCCACAAGGAACAAGAGACUUUUGAGCCACUUAAGUAACAUGCCACUUAUUUCUCGUACCCUUUGCCUUGCACUCGUUCGUUCUUUUUUGUCCAUCCCCAGUUCCUUCCGGCCCCCACCCCCUUUGCAGAAACGCAGACUAGUAUAUGUGCGUGUCCCACUCCCACAGCUGACUUUCUGCUGCUUGGGACUCCGCCCCCCACCGGCUGUUAUUUAGGAUCUGGCCUGCAGGUGUCAGCAGAGAGCGUAGUUCCCUUUUUAUUCGGUGUGAGCACUGUGCUCUGAGAGGACAGCAGGGGGGAGAUCAGCGGUGGAAUUCAGACCUCUCGCCCCUCCCCCCCCCCCUUUUCUCCCAUUUGCUCCCUCCAGCUUCUCGCCAUCCUUCCCUUGAGCGUUCCCUG